AUGGAGGCGCCCUGGGGAUAUCAGAGCGGAGCUGGCAGCCCCUAUGCCUACCCGGGGACGGGUGCCAAUGGAGCUGGAGUCCAAAGCAGCACUUUCUAUAAUGAAGAUCUUCUGCACAAGACUAUCCUGGUUGGAGACAGUGGCGUGGGGAAGACAUCACUCCUGGUUCAGUUUGACCAGGGCAAGUUCAUUCCAGGGUCGUUUUCGGCUACCGUGGGCAUCGGAUUUACCGUGAUGCUGCUUGGCGAUUCAGGCGUGGGGAAAACCUGCUUCCUCAUCCAGUUCAAAGAUGGGGCCUUCCUCUCUGGAACCUUCAUAGCCACCGUCGGCAUAGACUUUCGGAACAAAGUGGUUACAGUGGAUGGUGUGAAAGUGAAACUCCAGAUCUGGGACACCGCAGGCCAGGAGCGUUUCCGGAGCGUGACCCAUGCUUACUACCGAGAUGCACAGGCUCUCCUUCUCCUCUACGACAUCACCAACAGAAUGUCCUUUGACAAUAUUCGGGCCUGGCUGACAGAGAUACAUGAAUAUGCCCAUACGGAUGUGGUCAUUAUGUUGCUAGGCAAUAAGGCCGAUGUGAGCAGCGAGAGAGUGAUAAGAACAGAAGACGGGGAAUCAUUAGCCAGGGAAUAUGGAGUGCCUUUCAUGGAGACCAGCGCAAAGACGGGAAUGAAUGUGGAACUGGCAUUUCUGGCCAUUGCAAAAGAGCUCAAGCAGCGAGCCGUGCAGCAGCCAGAGGAGCCCCGGUUCCAGAUCCACGACUACAUAGAGUCACAGAAGAAAAGGACCAGCUGCUGUGCCUUCCUUUGAGGGAGCAGACCGCCAAGUCAGUCUAGAAGACCCAGUGCCAAGAGAGGAGGUCACAAAACAGGCUGGCACA